AUGACUGGAAUAGGUGCUGGAUCCAACUCUGAUCAACUCAGUUUCCCAAGGAAGUUGAUCCAAACUUCGCGCAUGAUGAACGAUUGCGAAGACCAAAUCAAGACUCUCGAACGCCUGAUCCAUACAUGGGAUGAACUGGUGGCUGCAAAGCCGCCAUCCGAUGAACCUAACACGCUAGACGCUUCUGAACGACAACAAGCCAUGGGGAUCUUGGCAAAUCUGAGGUCUCGCCUAAGGAUUCAACUGGAUACCAAGGCCAGCCUUUUAGCGUCUAUGCGGAGCCUUAUGGACGAACACCGUGGACAAGCGCGACGCCAACUAAAGCAAGUGGGGCGAAAGCACAGCAACAAAUACUAUAGUGGAGUAUCGAUGGAGCAGCGCAAAAAAGCCGGAGAGCGCCGCUUAAUCCGCCUUGGAUUUCGGACUCGAAGGAUGGAUAUCUGUGAACGACGGAUCGAGACACUUGGGGGCUUGAUCGAGAUUUGGGAGCAACUUAUAGCCCAAGGCCGAUUUCCAGAAAUCUUGGAAGGAGUGGAAGGAACAGGAACCCCGACUAUAGCGCCAAAUGAAUGCCAUGGAGGCCCGCAUGAUGCACUCCAACAAGCAACAGAGACUGUGGAAGGGCUGAAAUCUCUUCUCAAGUAUCAGUUGAAGAUCAGAUCUGAACUCCAGAAAAAUGCGGAGGUUGUUGAACAAACACAAGAAUUACUGUAA